AUGGAGAACCCUUCGUUUGUCCUCCGCAAAGUCAAGGACGUCGUCAUCGAAGACCGUCCGAAGCCUGUCCUCAAGGACCCCCACGAUGUUAUCGUGCACGUUAAGCAGACUGGUAUCUGCGGCAGCGAUGUCCACUACUGGCAAAGAGGCCGGAUAGGCGACUACGUCCUAACCGGCCCCAUGGUCUUGGGCCACGAGUCCUCGGGCGAAGUGGUGGAAGUGGGCUCCAGGGUCUCGCACCUCAAGCCAGGCGACCGAGUCGCAAUGGAACCCGGAGUGCCCUGCCGUCGCUGCAACCAAUGUCGCUCCGGGUCUUACCAUCUCUGCGGGGGAAUGAUCUUCGCCGCCACGCCGCCAUGGGAUGGCACGCUGGCGAAAUACUACGUCAACGCGGCCGACUUCUGCUACAAAGUGCCGGACCACAUGGGCAUGGAAGAGGCCGCCAUGGUCGAGCCCGUCAGCGUCGCCGUUGCGAUCGCCAAGACGGCAGAUCUCCGCGCUCACCAGACAGUGCUUGUGUUCGGCUGCGGCCCGAUCGGCGUGCUCUGCCAGGCGGUUGCAAAGGCGCAUGGCGCGAAGACAGUGAUCGGGGUUGAUGUCGUCCAGUCCCGGUUGGAGGUUGCCACGUCCUACGGUGUUGACCAUGUGUUUAUGCCUGAGAAGCCCGAGCCGGGUGCGGACCCUAUUGCGCACGCGGAGAAGAUGGCCCAGAAGCUGAAGGAGGAGUGUGGACUGGGUGAGGGAGCCGAUGUGGUGCUCGAGUGCUCGGGUGCGGAGCCUUGUGUGCAGAUGGGUGUUUUCGCUGCUCGCCAUGGAGGCACGAUUGUCCAGGCCGGUAUGGGGAAGGAGGUGGUUAAUUUCCCGAUUACGGCUGUGUGCACGAGGGGCUUGGUUGUCAAGGGGUCUAUUCGGUAUUUAACGGGUUGUUAUCCCGCUGCGAUUGACUUGAUUGGCAAAGGUAUUAUUGAUGUUAAGAGGCUGGUGACGAACCGGUUCAAAUUCGAGGAGGCGGAACAGGCGUUCGAGUUGGUUAAGGCAGGAAGACAGGCUGUUUUCAAGGUUAUGAUUGCGGGUGUUGUUUAG